CGUGCCCUUGCUGCGCAGCCUCGCCGACCCGCGGCCACCUACGCCGGUGCGCCGACGCCGCGACGCCCAGGCGAAGCGGGCCACGGCGGUGCGCCUCCGAGAGCAGAUAGGCGAGACGCCCGAGGCCGGCUACCUGGCGAGGCGCUGGGUGAAGCCGGUCACGCUGGCGAGGUAUCAGGAGUCGUUCCGGGCCUGCACGACCGCCUUUCCGCGGGCGGCGGCGCCCGAUUGCACUACCAGCGAGUUCGACCUCUUGCUCGAGCGCCAACUGACCAACACGUUCUUCAACGAGGGGGCGAGAGCUCACGAGGCACGCAGCGCGCUGUACGCCAGCGCGUGGAUGCGCUGCGCGUCGGCAUCCAGUCUGCCGGCUGCCCUCAGCGCCCUCGACGUUGGCAAGAGCGAAGAUCCACGAGGUACUCGAGAUCCGUGCCUGUGGAAGGCCGUCCUCGCCAUCGCCGUCGCGCUGAUGCGCAUGGGGCCGCUGGGGCCGUUGGCAGCGGCGGCGGUCCUCCUGUCGUUCGACUCGUACGUCAGAAUCAGCGGCAUUUGCGGCCUCAAGGCGCGGGACGUGGUGCGGCCAUUGCGUGACAGGGCAAGCCCCGAGUGGGCACCCGUGUUCUUCCUCGAGCCCGACGGCGCCAUGAGUAAGACUUGCACCCAGGGCAACAUGAUCGUGGUGGGCGA